UUCUCUCUCUCUCUCUUGUGGUAUUUACUUGGAAAAUUUAAGAAGAUAUUACUGGUGAGGCAUUCAAGAGAGGGGUCUAUCAUCCAUCAUCUAUCAAUCUAUCAUUCAUCUAUGGGAGGGUGUUGUAGCAGAGGAGAUGUUAGGAAUGGAGGUGUUGCAUUGAGAGAAGAAGAUGGUGAUGAUGGUGACUUCCUUGAAGAUGAAGGUAGUGGUAGUGUGAGGCUUGGAGGUUCUUGUAAGUUUGUCUCUAUGUAUUCACAACAAGGUUGGAAGGGUGUUAACCAAGAUGCCAUGACCAUUUGGAAGGAUUUUGGUGGUUCAAAGGAUGAUGUGUUCUGUGGAGUUUUUGAUGGACAUGGACCAUUAGGUCAUAAGGUUGCACACCAUGUUCGUGAUGUUCUUCCAUCAAAGAUUUCGCCAGGAUUGAGAUCUUCGCAAUUUUUAGAGGAUUGUGAUGUUGAUAAAUGGUUUUCGGCAAGUAAGGAUAUAUUUGUGAAGGCUUUUGAAGAGUUAGAUGAAGAACUUGCACAUAGUUCUAGCAUAGAUUGCAUUUGUAGUGGAACCACUGCGGUAUCCAUUGUCAAACAGAAAGAUCGCUUGAUAAUCGCAAACUUAGGGGAUUCCCGGGCAGUAUUAGGAACUCGAGAUGAUAAAAACCAACUUAUACCUGUGCAACUUACAGUCGAUCUCAAACCGAAUCUCCCAAGUGAAGAGGAGAGGAUUAGAAGUUGCCGAGGGAGAGUGUUUGCUUUAGAGGAAGAGCCUGAUGUGCAUAGAUUAUGGAUGCCAGAUGAAGAUUGUCCUGGCCUUGCAAUGGCAAGAGCUUUCGGAGAUUUUUGUCUCAAGAACUUUGGUUUGAUCUCAACCCCACAAGUCACACACAGAGAGCUUUCCGACAAGGAUGAGUUUGUGGUCCUCGCAACGGAUGGGGUGUGGGAUGUAUUAUCAAAUAAAGAAGUGGUGAAAAUAGUUUCAUCAACAAGUAAAAGAUCGGAUGUGGCAAGACGUUUGGUAGAGCGAGCAGUGCGAGCAUGGAGAUCUAAGCACCCAACUUCAAAGGUUGAUGAUUGUGCGGUGAUAUGCCUGUUCUUAAGACGUGUUUCUUCUUUGAAUGUUGUCGAUGAUAAUAGUAGUCUUUCUACCUUUGAGAGUUUUAAGACGGCAAGGAGUGAGCCUUCAGAUUCUGAAGAAAUGAUGACCGUAGAAGUGAAAGAAGAGUGGAGCGCUCUCGAAGGUUUGAGCCGAGCAAACUCAUUGUUGAAGUUACCGAGAUUUGGAAGAGUGUUUAGUUGGAAGAAAAAGAGUACGAGCUUAGAUGAAGAUCACAAAGAAUGAAUCAAAUCUAUCUUAAAUAUAUAAUACAUGCAAGGUGUAUAAACGAAUUUGUAGUCGUGGUCAAUUAGUAAUUGGUUGUUGAUCACUUGAAUACUCUUUCAUUUCUCUUGAUAGCUUGAUCAAAAUCAAACAUUAAUAUAUAUGUUUGUCUUUGAAGAUA